UCGUCCUGUUCCAGGAGACGGAAAUUGCCGAAGGCGCCAUAGAGAAUAAAGGACGGGGGAGCUGAGGGCCUGCUCCGGUCCCGGAGGCCCUGUCGUGCCAGCCCCCCCCUCCACCCCCGCAGAAGCAAUAUGUUACGACUACCAGUACGCAGGGCCUUAGCUGGCCUUGUGCAGUGUCCUAGAGGAUGCAUGCGAACAACUACUACAGCAUCCAGCAACUUGAUAGAAGUAUUUGUUGAUGGUCAACCCGUCAUGGUGGAACCUGGAACCACAGUGCUCCAGGCAUGUGAGAAGGCUGGCAUGCAGAUUCCUCGAUUCUGUUAUCAUGAAAGGUUGUCGGUGGCUGGAAAUUGUAGGAUGUGUCUUGUGGAGAUAGAAAAAGCCCCUAAGCCUGUAGCUGCUUGUGCUAUGCCAGUAAUGAAGGGUUGGAACAUCCUUACGAACUCAGAGAAGUCCAAGAAAGCAAGAGAAGGUGUAAUGGAGUUUUUACUAGCAAAUCACCCACUGGACUGUCCUAUUUGUGACCAGGGAGGUGAAUGUGAUUUGCAGGACCAGUCAAUGAUGUUUGGAAGUGAUAGAAGCAGAUUUUUAGAGGGAAAACGAGCUGUGGAAGACAAGAAUCUUGGUCCACUCGUAAAGACCAUUAUGACUAGAUGUAUACAGUGCACUCGGUGCAUCAGGUUUGCUAGUGAGAUUGCAGGUGUGGAUGAUUUGGGUACAACAGGAAGAGGAAAUGAAAUGCAAGUUGGAACAUACAUUGAAAAAAUGUUCAUGUCUGAAUUGUCUGGGAAUAUCAUUGAUAUCUGUCCAGUGGGAGCUCUUACAUCUAAGCCCUAUGCCUUUACUGCACGUCCUUGGGAAACAAGAAAGACAGAAUCAAUUGAUGUUAUGGAUGCAGUUGGAAGUAACAUUGUAGUCAGCACAAGGACAGGAGAAGUGAUGAGGAUUUUGCCAAAGAUGCAUGAGGACAUCAAUGAAGAAUGGAUCUCUGAUAAAACCAGGUUUUCCUAUGAUGGAUUAAAACGGCAACGACUUACUGAGCCAAUGGUCAGAAAUGAAAAAGGGCUUUUAACUUACACUUCAUGGGAGGAUGCACUCUCUAGAGUAGCUGCAAAGUUACAAAGAGUUCAGGGCAAGAAUGUAGCAGCAAUUGCAGGAGGUUUGGUGGAUGCAGAAGCCCUCAUCUCUAUCAAAGACUUACUUAAUAGGGUAGACUCUGAUUUCUUGUGUACUGAAGAAGUCUUCCCCACUGCAGGAGCUGGCACAGAUAUACGCUCUAGUUACCUACUUAAUUCAACAAUUGCUGGUGUAGAGGAGGCAGAUGUUGUCCUUUUGAUUGGUACAAAUCCACGUUUUGAGGCACCCCUAUUUAAUGCUAGACUUCGGAAGAGCUGGCUUCAUAAUGACUUACAGGUGGCCCUUAUAGGCACAAAAGUUGAUCUGACAUACAGUUAUGACCAUCUGGGUGAUUCUCCAAACACCCUUCAAGACCUUGUUUCAGGAAACCAUCCAUUCAUCCAGGUUUUGAAAGAGGCUAAAAAACCAAUCAUAGUUUUAGGCAGCUCAGCACUCCAGCGAAAUGAUGGAGCUGCAAUUUUUGCAGCUGUUUCUAUCCUUGCACAGAAGAUCAGUUUAAAGAGAAACGUUGGUGAUGAUUGGAAAAUUAUGAAUAUCCUUCAUAGGGUGGCAAGCCAGGUAGCUGCUUUGGAUCUUGGUUUUAAACCUGGAGUAGAGGCAAUUCGGAAGAACCCUCCUAAAAUGUUGUUUCUUCUGGGAGCAGAUGGAGGUUGUGUUACCCGUCAAGAGUUGCCAAAAAAUUGCUUCAUUGUCUAUCAAGGACAUCAUGGUGAUGUGGGAGCUCCUAUCGCAGAUGUUAUACUCCCAGGGGCAGCUUACACAGAAAAGUCUGCUACUUACGUCAACACAGAAGGCCGAGCUCAGCAGACUAAGGUAGCCGUGACGCCUCCUGGCAUGGCAAGAGAAGACUGGAAAAUUAUCCGGGCUCUUUCAGAGAUAGCUGGUAUGACCCUUCCUUAUGAUACCCUGGAUCAAGUAAGGAAUAGAUUGGAAGAAGUGUCCCCUAAUCUUGUCCGAUAUGAUGAUGUAGAGGGAGCUAAUUAUUUCCAGGAAGCAAGUGACCUAGCCAAGCUGGGGAAUGAACAGCUGCUAAGUGACCCUCUUAUUCCACCUCAGCUCACAAUAAAAGAUUUCUAUAUGACAGAUCCCAUUAGCAGAGCAUCACAGACAAUGGCCAAGUGUGUGAAAGCUGUAACUGAGGGUGCUCAGGCAGUAGAGGAGCCAUCCAUAUGCUGAAACAUCACUCACAAUGAAUGGAAACCCAGUUUUGCUGCAGAUAGCUAACAAAGACAAAAUUAUGUUGUGAUGAUCCCUUAGAGGUUCAUCAUUCUAUAAAAACAGUCUGAAUAAUGUAAUAUUUAAGGUUGUAUACACCAGUACUUACUUGGAAAUUAUAUUCAACAAAAAGCUUACUGUAUCGAGAAACAUUUACGCAUUUGAAAUGUUUGGUUGUGUACAAACGUUAAUUACAUGGUUUAUUAAAUAUGAAUAUGGAUAUUCUUUUGUGUGAGAGCAAAGAUUUGAUAAGAAGUCUUUGUAAAAGCAAAUACAAAAGAAAAUCCUGAAAGUUUUUGUUUUA